AUGUCCGACAUCAGGGUGAAGUUGGAGCAGAUGGACUCGGCCGAGAAAAUCGGUCGAGUUGUGUGCCGGGGUUUGAAAGAUGCCGAAGUGCAUCCUGCUCCUCGGGCCAGCGAGACGCAGUGCAUGGAGACCCAAGCAACGCUGGCGACGCAGGUGGGCUUGACGCAGGCUGACAACGAUUACCUGGAAAUGGAUCUCGAAGAUCUCAUGGAUGAAGCGGAAAUGAAGGAGAUUUCAGAAGAUGCCCAGCUUGAUCCACUCAAGAAAGUCGAAAUGAUUUUCGAGAUCGAAGAAGCAAGAAAGAAGCGACGAAUGGAGGAAGAGGAAUUCCUGCGGAACCGUGUGGUUUCCUUGAAGAAACAAAUGGAGGAACAAGAUGAGAAAGCCACAGCGAAGGCGGAAGAACAAAGGCUGAAUGAGGAGAUCCGAAAGAAGGAGGAGGAGGAAGCCAGGCGGAAGGAAGAAACACAAAGGCUCAGCGAUGAGCUCAACGAGGAGAUCCGCAUGGGGAUGGAGGAAAGCAGGCGUAGGGAAGAAGAAAACCGCCUGAGGGAUGAGAUCCGGAAGAAGCAGGAAGCCAUGGAGGCAGAAGAAAAAAAACUGAAAGAGGAGAUUCGACAGAAGGAGGAAGCCAUGCGAAAGGCAGAGGAGCUGAAGGAGAUCCGCAAGAAAGAGGAGGAGGAAGCCAGGCGGAAGGAAGAAGAAAUGCUGAAGGAGAAGAUCCGCCAGAAAGAGGAGGAGGAAGCCAAGAUGAAGGCAGAAGAAGAAAGGCUGAACGAGGAGAUCCGACAGAAGGAGGAAGCCAUGCGGAAGGCAGAGGAGCUGAAUGAAGAGAUACGCAAGAAAGAGGAGGAGGAUGCCAGGCGGAAGGAAGAAGAAAGGCUGAAGGAGGAGAUCCGCCAGAAAGAGGAGGAUGCAAAGCGGAAGGCAAAAGAAGAAGAAAAGAUGAAAGAGGAAAUCCGCAGGACCAAGGAGCAGGAAGCGAAACGGAUCGCAGACGAACAGAAGAUUAAGGAUGAGGAGUUCAUGCAACGCAGAGCUGCUUUGGAACGACAGUUGGAGGAUCUGCGUAAGAAGGAAGAAUCCAUGAGGAUGAAUAAAGCUGAGGAGGAUGAGGAGGAAUGCAAGAGACGCAAGGAAGAAGAAACGAAGAGAAUGGAGGAGAUGCAGAAAAAGGAGGAGGAAGACAACAGGCGCUGGGAAGAGAUCAUGAAGCAAGAUCAGGAAAACCUCAGGCUUAAGAAGGAAGCAAAGGAAAAGGCCGAAGAAGAGAUUAGGAAAAAAGAGGAGGAGGAAGCCAGGCGCAAGGAGGAAGAAAAAAAGGCCAAAGAUGAGAUCAGGAAAAAGGAGGAGGAGGAAACCAGGCGCAAGGAGGCAGAAGAAAAGGCCCAAGAAGAGAUCAGGAAAAAAGAGGAGGAGGAGGAAGCCAAGCGGAAGGAGGAAGCAGAAAAGGCCCAAGAAGAGAUCAGGAAAACAGGAGGAGGAGGAGGAGGAAGCCAGGCGGAAGGAGGAAGCAGAAAACACCAGACAAAGACUCCGGAAGGAGAUGGAUGA